AUUUCCCUUUUCUUUCCCUUUUUUUUUUUUUCUUUUUCCUCUUCUUUUCUAGUUGGGGUUUAGAACCCAUAUUGGGAUUGGGGUGAAGAAGAUAAGAGAAAAUGUUGAGAACAACACUCCCAGUUGCACCGUCUUCUUCUUCGACGUGUUGUCUUUCAGUUUGCAAACCUUCAAUGCGGUCGUCGUCUCCCAACUUCUCUUCUGUUCUCAUCAAUGGCGACGAUACCAGUGAUUCCAACAGUAACAAUCCUUCUCGAAGACUCACUCUCUUUCAACUUGGCACCGAUUCGGCUUUAAACGAUCUUAACGAAGAUAUUCGCGGCGAAGAAAGAGGCGCGGCGCCGAGACUCGAGCAGACGGAUCGUUGAUGAAAGCAUGAUCGUUCUUUGGAAGAGGAUUCAUGAGAUGAAGAUGAUUGAGAGGAACUACGAGCUGCUUGCGGACUGGAUGGAUUGGGAGAAACGUGUCUAUACAAGCUACGAUUCGAUGAUUUGUGAGAUCAUGGGAGUGUUGUAGUCGCAGUUGAUGAACACUCGCCCUAGUGUCACGUUG